AUGACAGAUGUAAAAGAAUCCAAUGAAUUGACAAAUAAACAAUUACAAACACUUUUAAGUAUUAAACAUAUUCGUCAACAUUUAAUUGAUGUUGGUUUGAUUAAUCAACAUGGUGAAGUCAUAUUGAACGACGAAUAUGAGCAUACUCCUAAACAUCGUUCUAGACGACGGCAUACUUCGAAAAAAAAUGUCGAAAAAUUUCAGAAGACAUCCAUUCAUCCUUCAUCGACUACGGCAAAUAGAAAACAUUCAAUAGAAAAUACAAAAAACACUAGAAAAUGUCAACGUUCAAAAUCACCGAAUAAUUAUUCAAUUGAUAGACAAUGUAGGAAUACGACAAUUUCUCGAACAAGCAAAAGAAGCAAAUCUCAAUCACCAACACGUCUUUCAUCAUCUAAUCAAUCAACACGUGUAAAGAGUGUUUUGGCACGUCGUACUAUCAGUCCAAAGUUAAAUCCAAUUAGUGAUCGAUGUAUAGUAACGUUGAUAUAUUAUGGAUCACAGACCAAUAUUCCUUAUAAACGUAGUUUAUUUCAAUCUGAAGGUGAUGAGAUAAUUGUUAUGCAACAACAUUGUGGAGGAGAAAAUAUUAUUGUUUAUAAAGGUGCAUUAAAACCUAAUAAAACAUUUCAAUUUGAAUCUCGACGACAUAUUGAUUAUCCAUUUGCAUUAACAUUUUAUGUAAAUGGUCUUAUUGAUAAUCGUUUAUCGAUUUGUUGUGAAUUUAGAUAUAAACAUAACGUACGAAUAGGUGGAAAACGUGGUCUUUUUGGUAUAAUAAAUGUUCAAAAAUCAAAAGCAUGUAAAAGAUGUCGAGUUGAACAACGAAUGAAAAAAUUAGCGAAAUUAAAAGUAAAAAAUACCUCAAUGAUCACUCCCAUAUUAAGUCCUGAUUCGAAUUUGACUGGUACAACAAGUCCUGAACUAACGAUUACUCGUACAAUAAGUCCAGAAGAACAACAUGAAUCGUCACCUCAUUCACCGAAUGAAUCAAAUGAACAAGAAAGAACAACUGAUUCAGCAAAUACAUAUCCUCCAGAUAAUCAUGUACUUGAAGAAAAGCUUCAUUCAUCAAUUUCAACACUUCAUAAAAAUGAACAAAAUGAACAUCCAAUGUCAGAAAACAUUUCUAAUAAUCAACGUCGUAAACCAAUUAUUUCUUCUGAAAAAGAUAGUGAUGAUAAAACAACAAUAAUGAUUGAAUAA